AUGUUUACGCCUCAAGUUACUGAGGAGCCUACGGAGCAGGCUCCCCUGUUAGGCCCGCAUGGGGGUGACGCCACCCAAGAUGCCUCUCCCACCCCUUUAUCCCACGCCCACUUGCGUCUCCUUGUCCUGGUGUGCAUAUCAAUUGUUGCUGCUGACUUUGGAAACUCGCUCACUUUGGCCCCGCAAAUUUCGAUUUUCGAAUCCCUCAUCUGUCGCCGUAUCGGGGUGGGUGGUGAUUGCAAGUCCCCCGAAGUACAAGGAGAAUUGGCUUUGUUGAUCGGUUGGAAAGAGACUAUCGACCAGUUGCCCGGAAUUAUAUUUGCGCUUCCAUAUGGACUUGCGGCUGAUCGAAUUGGCCGCAAGCCCAUUCUGGUACUCUGCUUGAUCGGUCUCGUGCUAGAAGAGGUUGCUAUUCGUUUGGUCUGUUGGUGGAAUGUCGCCGUACCCCUUCGAAUGAUCUGGGCGACGCCCGUCUUCCAAAUCAUUGGUGGUGGGUCACAAACCGCAACGGCCAUGGCCUAUGCUAUGAUCACAGAUGUGGUUCCCAUGGAUCGGCGGGCAUCCAUCUUCUACAUCAUGGCCGCGGUGAUUCUGCUAGGCGAAAUACUUGCCACUCCAAUCAGCGCCUUUCUCAUGGCAUGGAGCCCAUGGGUUCCUUCAUUAUUGGGGAUAGCUUUCCAAUUAGGAGGCCUUCUAGGGGCAGCUCUAGUCUCCGAGACACGUCCCGACCCGACUUUGAACUUGGAGGAAACUCAUGAAUCCGAAAGAUUGCUGGAUGAUAGUGAUGAGACUGAGGUGGAUGAUGAUGACCCUGCCUACCACAAAUUUGGGUAUCAGCGUGUGAAACACACAGUGACAGAAUACUGGGAAUAUGUCCGAACUACGCAUAUGAGAGGCUGGGACUUCAACAUGGCCUUUAUCGUGCUUACAUUCCUACUGGCUAGCAUCGGCAAGCAAGCGCUACAAUUGAUCAUCCCAUACGCCUCGAAACGCUUCUCGUGGAGUAUUGCGCGUGCCAGCUUCCUCAUUACCCUGAAAGGGGUCAUCAAUCUCAUCACCCUGCUCAUUAUUCUCCCACGACUGUCUACAUGGCUGAGUAGGCAAAUGUCUUGGUCUCCAGCGGUUAAAGACCUCCGCAUUGUCCAAGGAAGCGCGUGGAUCCUCACCUCGGGCACGGCUUUCAUGGCUUUUGCCGCUAUCCCGGAGCUAUUCAUCUCUGGUUUGUGCUUAUUUGCGCUUGGCUGGGGCUUCUACUCAGCGCUACGGAGCUUGGCCACAGCAUUGGUGUCCCCAUCGCAGGUUGGAGUAUUGAACUCUGGUAUUGGCUUGGCGCAAAGUUUAGGCUCGCUAGUCGCAGGACCCAUCCUAGCUGCAGCGUUUGGACAUGGCCUGCGACAGGGUGGCAUCGGCAUGGGCUUGCCAUAUAUGGUUGCUGCAACAUUGCUGUUUAUGGCUAGCUGCUUGACCUGUGUGAUUCGCAUUGCGGGAGAGAAACGUAGAAUGUAA